UAAGGACAUUUCAAUGAGAUAAAAACUCACAAAACUUAUAAAUUGUAAUAGUCAUUCUACAAACACAAUAUUUAAAACUCUCUUCAAAGCUUGAUUUUAUUAAUCCUGUCAUAAGUUAAAUUUUAAUCUUUACUAAUAUGUCUAUAUUUAAAUCCAUCGCAUCCAAUGUGGGUGUUCGUCGUUGGGCAUAUAAUCUAUCGGGUUUCAAUCGAUAUGGACUCCAUCAUGAUGAUGUACUACAAGAAAAUGAAGAUGUGAAAGAAGCUUUAAGAAGACUUCCAAACCAUAAAGUUGAUGAACGUACAUUUAGGAUAAUUCGAGCUAUGCAACUCUCGAUACAAAAAAUAGAAUUACCGAAGGAAGAAUGGACCAAAUUUGAAGAAGAUGAUCGCUAUUUGCAACCAUAUUUAGAAGAAGUUAUUCGGGAAAGAGAAGAAAAAGAAUAUUGGGAAAAAAAUUACUAUUAGGAAAUUAUACUUUUUAAUUUUUAAUUUCCUUAAUAUUUUAAUAGUAUUAUGUAAUAAUAAUUAAUUUUUUUAAAUGAAAAAAUUAACUAAACAAAAGCAUACAAAAUAUUAAUGGUUUGUUGAACAUAGUAUCUGGUUGUAUAUUAAGAUGAAUAAAGUACCAUUAUCUAUAAA